AGUUUGAGAGAGAUAUUUAGAGUGUUAGACAUAGACAUAGCAACUUUCAUAUAGAGAAAGAUGGCAGAAGAAAACAAAGUGAGUCUGCAUGGAUUUUUUGCUAGUCCUUACGUUAGGAGGGUGGAACUAGCCCUCAAAUUUAAAGGGAUACCCUACGAGUACGUAGAAGAAGAUCUGAAGAACAAAAGCUCACUGUUGCUCAAGUACAACCCUGUCCAUAAGAAGGUUCCAGUACUUGUUCAUAAUGGAAAACCCAUUGUUGAGUCACUCAUCAUCCUCGAAUAUAUUGAUGAAACCUGGAAGAAUGGGCCUCGAUUUCUACCUGAAGAUCCAUAUAAAAGAGCACAAAUUCGCUUCUGGGCUAGCUUUGUCCACCAACAGGUAUUUGAGAACAUGGUCUUAAUACUCAAAAUAGAUGGAGAAGCACAAGAGAAAGCCGUGAAGGAAGUGUCUGAGAAAUUAAGCUUGCUUGAAGAGGGAAUUAAGAGCAUUUUUCCAGAGGGCAUUCCAAUCAUUAACCAAGAGAAUGUGGGACUCCUGGACAUUGUAAUAGUAUCUACAUUUGGCUCCUAUAAGGCUCAGGAAGAAGUCCUUGGUCUGAAGCUUAUAGACCCAGAGAAGACUUCUCCACUUCUAUUUUCUAGGUUGAAAGUUCUACUUGAGUUACCUGUGGUGAAAGGGGCACUCCCCCCUCAUGAAAAGGUGGUGGGAGCUCUCAAAUUCAUGAGACAAAAUGCUCUCAACUCUGCAUCAGUUUGAUCCUCACAAAUUGAUGUUGGUUCUUAGCUCUAUAGCCCAUUAAGUGCAUCAAAUAAGUGGCAGCAAAGAAACUGCAUAGGUUGUUGGGUUUUACUAGCACUUUACUAUUUCCAGUUUUGUGUUGUUUUUCUACUCUUCUUCCGGUUUUCUGGUUGUUCUAAGGCAUAUGUGGCCACUUUUGUCUAAUAAAUUUAGUUUC